AUGAAUCCAAACAGUCCAGAUAUUGGUCGUCGUGCUUUGGGUUCUAGCCUCAUGUCAGGCCCUGCUUGCCCUGAAGCAAGGGAUUUUGGUUUCCUAAACAAACUGAACACUUUGUCCCGUGCUCGACGUCGGAAGCAGGAAGCGGACGAUUUGGCUGAGGAAGCUCGUCAGGCAAUGGAAGAUCCGUUGCACCCGGCGCCGUUUGAACUGAGUCUUGAUGGAUUUCAGCUGGCCGAGGGUGAAGAACGAUCAAUGAUUGAGCCACAGUCGAAGGAGCACCCUCUAGUACAAGAAACUAUCCGAAAUUUGAUUGAGUGGAUCAAUAUGGAACUAGUAGAAGAUCGUAUUCUGGUACGCGAUCUCGAAGCUGACCUAUACGACGGACAAGUGUUACAGAAGCUAAUAGAGAAGUUGCUUGGUGUCAAGAUUAAUCAUCCUGAAGUCUCACAGACGGAGAUGGGACAAAGACAGAGACUCAAGCUUGUCCUAGAUGAAAUUAACACAGCUCUUAAUGUGUCCUUAGUUUGGGCUGCACAACACUGGUCUGUUUCUACCAUAUUCGAUCGUGAUCUGGUCGCCAUCUUGCGUCUCCUGGUUGCUUUAGUUCGUCGUUUUGCCCCAUCCGUUCGAUUGCCACGUGGUGUGCAGAUCACUGUCCUAGUUGUGCGCAAACUCAACGGCAUGCUUCAGCAUCGUCGACAAACCCAACCAAUCACUGAUACGGAGGACUACCAAGAUACCGAGGCUGAUCAUGACGCUAUCAGUGCGCUUGUGGAUUGUGCAGUCCCCGAGAAACUGGCCGCUUUUCAACAAACCUUGCUCGACUUCAUGAAUCGUCAUCUGGGCAAAUUGAACUUGACUGUGAACAAUUUGGAAACCGAGAUGGAUGACGGAGUAUACUUCAUUCUGUUAAUGGGCUUACUGCGAGGAUUUUUUGUCCCCCUUCACGCUUAUCACAUCACACCAGUCUCCAAUGCCCAGAGGUUGGCAAAUUUGCAAUUGGCUCUGCAGUUAGCCGAAGAUGUCGAAGGUAUCAGCCUCGGUUCUGGGCAUGCGGACGAUGUCUUACGUCAUGAUCUGAAGGCCACAUUACGCCUGCUUUACUCGCUCUACGCUCGACAUAAGGAUGAUGCCUAA